AUGCGACGUGAAUCAGCUGCGGUGGGAGGGGGUGAGGGGGACGUGGAGGAACACGACAAACCACGACACCGCACCACCAGCAUCCCCGAACCGGUGUUCACUCUGUUCGCCUUCCUCGCUCGCCAGGGUGUCCACAUCAGUGACCUCUUUCGUCGACCGGGCAACAUCAAUCAGAUGAAGAACCUCAUCCGACUCCUUGGGAACAGCCUGCAUUCGACCAAUAGCCUUCCACCAUCACCACCGACCAAUGGCGUGGUAGUACGACUGAAGGUCGUUUUAUCGGCUCAUGGUGACCCAGGCAGAUGGAUUUUGCCGAUCGUCCGUUUGUUUUUAACCAAGCCGAUGACCCGAGUGUGUAAUCAGCUGCGUAAACCCACUCACGCACGCGCGCACGCGUGCGCCGUUGCCUCGCCCGCUCUGCACGCGCCAGUGCACCUAAUAAGCCCAGCGUCAGCUGUGCGGACGGCUAUUUUUAGCCGCGGCUGGUUCGGACGUACCCUGGGAGCAGUAAUUAGUUCGAGUUUGGCAAAAGGCGAGCUAGUGGAUUGGUCGGCCUACAACGUCUACACAGUGGCCAACGUGGCGAAACGCUUUCUCCUCAGCGUCCCUGGUGGCAUCUUUGGCGAGCAGAACGAGCGGCGUCUGCUGGUGGCGGCAGUUCCCCUCGAAACCGGCGGGUCGCCCAGAACCGCGACAACGCAACCCUCGUCACACCGACUGCCCCCGAAGCUGCAGCACGCGCCAGGGUUCCAGAGUUCAGGCGAGAACCAGGGUCUGGCCGAUGUUGGCAGUGUCGAAAGGACCAUCUUCGUCUCCUCCUUGUUCGCGGACAAAACGGGCUUCCUCUGUGACUUCGGCAUGCUUCCACCCACACCCAAUGAGAGGGAUCAGCUCAAUAUUUUCAUUGAGGUUCUCGAUAGUCUACCACCGCCGUGUCGGGAGUUGGCAAUAAUAAUAUUUGGCAUCCUCCAUAGCAUGGUUAGGCAUGCGGGCUUUGAAGUGACCACAGGCUGUCACUCAUGUACGCCCUCCACCGCAAGGGGGAGCUCCUCAAGACACUCCACCCUGACCCUCCUGGCACCCCACUGCUCACCCCCGCCAGCACCGCCUCCCUCCCCCCCUCCUCCAUCACCUCCACCAAUCAGAACACUGGCCGAAGCUGUGGCAAAGUCCGUCGCUGGUGCCCUCCUCCACACGUGCCCUCUCUCCGUCGAUUUGGUAGACAGAGGGGCGCAGCUGAUAUGGGGCAGAGUUGUGAUCGAGUCGAGCCCUAUUAGGUCCACGAAAACCUGGUUAUUCAUCAGGAUGCUGCAUCGUUACAUCGAUACCUUGACUAAAUCCAAAGACCAGAGCAUCCGACAUCCAGGUAGAUCUGUGUUCAUCGCCACGCGGAAGACGGCGCCCAGCAGAUCUGACUUUAUCGAUUUUCCUGGCAGCGUUCCUCUCCUCAAGCCAACUACUAAUUCAGCAAUGGUGAUGGAACUGGCCAAUCACGGAAGUCAGAUGUCUACAAGCCUGAUUUUGUACUUUCUUGCAACGAAGUUCUGCUGCUAG